AUGGUGAUUAGUGUUUCCAUUUAUUGGGCUUUGCUGGCUGCUAUUGAUGGCCCACCUGGAGAAAAAGGAGCACCUGGACCCAAAGGUAUGCCGGGCCCAAUAGGGCCAAAGGGCUUUUCAGGAUCUAAAGGGGAUAAAGGAGAGAAAGGUGAUCAAGGAAACAUAGGACUGACUGGGUCUCCAGGCAUCCAGGGAAAGGCUGGAAUGAAAGGUGAGAUGGGUAUUAAAGGUGAGAAGGGUGCAGCUGGACUGCCAGGAUUCAAAGGUUCGAAAGGAGAAAAAGGAGAUCCAAAUUUGAAUGUGUCAAAAGGUGAUCAGGGAGAGCCAGGCAAAGAUGGACCACCGGGACCCCAAGGCAUGACUGGUGAAAAGGGUGAAAAGGGUGAUAGAGGAGAGUGCGGUUUACUUGGUGACAGUGGCCAGAAAGGUGAGCCAGGUGAUCCUGGACCACCAGGUGUGCAUGGAGACCCUGGUCCAUCUGGGCAACACGGCAUGCACGGGACUCCAGGAAUCGCCGGAGAACGCGGGGAACCAGGAGUUCCUGGAGCAAAGGGCGAGCCAGGAGCACGGGGACCACCAGGAGUCAAAAGUAUGAGAGGUCUGAGGGGAAUGAAGGGUGACCGUGGCCCCCAAGGGAAACGUGGAGACCGAGGCCUACGGGGACUGAAGGGCUCAAUGGGUCAAAGUGGAUCGAGAGUACGGUCUGCUUUCAGCGUCGGCUUAUAUCCAAGCAAGUCUUUUCCCCCAUCUGGAUUUCCAGUUCGCUUCGACAAGGUCUUCUACAAUGGAGAAAACCAUUACGACGUAGUCACGAGCAAAUUCAACUGCACCUACUCAGGAGUUUAUGUGUUCUCCUACCAGAUCACGGUGAGAAACAAGCCCCUGCGUGCUUCUCUGGUGGUGAAUGGGGUGCGUAAGGUACGUUCGAGAGACACCCUACAGGGUCAAGACAUUGACCAGGCAUCCAAUCUAGUGAUCCUGAAGCUGGAUGUGGGAGACGAGGUGUGGGUAGAGACGCUGAGAGACUGGAACGGUGUCUACUCCAGCAGCGAGGAUGACAGCACCUUCUCUGGGUUCUUGCUCUAUCCUGACUAACACCUUCUUCAUGGCUAGAUCUUGAACUGAACUUUACAUGACAUGGACA